CCUGCAGUAGGUGGUGAACUAGUCGACUACUCACAUCUGUUCGGCUACUGCUGCUUGACACACAUCACUUUCUCGUACUCUCGACCACUUCUUCUCUCAGCCGGCCCGAGAGCACCCUACAAACUCUGACACCGUCUGAUCACCAAGCGCCUCCCUGAUGAUCGGCACAUUCUGGAAUCUGUGCAGUGCCUGUCCUUCGAUGCCUGUAGACAAGCUGCACUCAGAGUAUCGAAGUACUUACCGCUGGCAUGAAUACACUGGGCCUAGACAGGACGUCAUCAAACAUGCGCCUCAACCGGUCACAGAUGACAGCAGGUCGGCUGCGGGGCGGGUCGACGCGGAUCGGCAACCGCGGGACAUCCACGGUGACGACUCUUGGCCGCCUCCCUCUGACGGCAAAAUCACCGACCUCGGCUCCGGAAUCGAACCGGCUUUUCCGAGGAGAAAAAAGAAUCCAGCCCUGGCGCACAGGACACAUGAGAUCCUGGCCACCUCCGACGGCUGUGCUUCGGAUGAUUCAGCUGCUGAUACAGCCAAUCUCGAUCGAGCACGGUCGGGAGAGCGAGGCGGGGCGAGACAGACUAGGCGCAGCAAGUCAGAGGGGCCCCCGGUCCAAGGGCCUCCCGUUCAGUCUGAGUACCGACUGCGUUACGGGCUCAGCCCCCGAGCAAGGGCCCGGCCUCGUGUUUCGCGCAGUGACUCCGAUCCUUGCCGAUUUGACAAGGACACUGACCAGUUAGUGAUGAUCGCCUACUUGCCAGACAACAACAACCAGUGCAGUUCAACUGCGGGUGUGUUCAAGUCAGCCGUGAACCGCAUCAGCACCGAGUACCGCCUCCAGUUCGCCUGGCCAAGGGGCGGAGGUGGUGGAGGCGGUGGAGUCGCCACCGACGAUCAGAUGGAUGGCGAGGGAGGGGGAGCAGCUGGUCCACCGAGGAAGUCGCUGUCGAUGGGUGCUAUCAAGCCGACUGGGGGACAUAUUGUGCCAACUCACAAGAAGAGGCCUCUUGAGGACACUAAGACUGCAGCAGAGCUGGAGCCGUUAGUUAGUAUGAAGAAUGACACAAUUGACAAUGAUGAUGGGGAAGAGAAAAUCCAAGAAGAGUCUAUUAGCAAGGAAGAAAAACCUUUACUUAGGAAUGAAUUUAAUACCGAAUAUAAGAAGAAGUUCCGACCAUUCUCUCAAUAUAAUUAUGUAGAAGGAAAAUUCAAGCCUAAGAAAGAGCCUGAACAGCUUCUAGCUGAGUUGCAGUCAGAGGACUCCUGGUAUCAAGAAGUACUAGAACUUAGAAGGAAGGCUGGUGAAUACAAGAUGAUACAGCAUCGCGGAUGGGGAACAGAGUUGGUGCCGCAGCAUAUAGCUGAGCUCUACAACAAGCAGAUCACAUUAUGGGAACAGGUUUCUCGGCGUUCGUCUCUAUCCGCUCUCAGUCUAGCGUCAACAACACCCAAGUUGAUUAGUAAAGAAGAGAAGGAUAAAGAGAAUAAUAAGAAGAGCUCUCCAACGAAAACAUUGUCUGCUAGACAUAGUCCAAUAAAACCGUUCUCCAUUUAUGAUAAACCAUCAGUUACUUAUAAAAAGAUGGACAAGUACGAAGAUAAUAAAAAGGACAAAAGAUCUAGGAAAGAAGCGAAUGCUUUGCGUCGACAAAACCUAGAACGGUCUGGUGGAGGUCGAUCCCAAUCAGUCGGGCCCACGGCCACUUUCACUGAGAAGAGUCUAUCGACUUCACCGAAACGAACCAAAGCUCCUGCAUCGAAUAAACCGCCACAAAUCGCACCUGCUCCUGGUCCCGCCUCAGCUGAUCUGCGUAGACCCAGACCUACCACCCUUACAACCACUGCUCCUUCCCGAACUAAAUCUUGCUCAGGGUCAAUAAAAGUGAACGACAGUAAAGUCAAGCCGCCAAUCACUGUGUCUCCGGCCACCGCUUCGUCUCACACCAAGAAUAAAACUGUCGACAAAAAGAAAAGAAAAGAACAGAUUGAAGAGCCGGAGAGAGAGCGAGUUGUGAAAUCGCCUCCGGAGCCAACUAGAGUCAAGUCCCCUGAACAGAUUCUCAUGAGAUCUCCUGAGCCAGUCAACUGGACUGUCCCACUAGACACGGGCAAGACAUUCACUGUCACACAGAAUGUACACGAAGGAGAGUUAGUAGGACGACCUCACAGUGAAGUGAAGCCUUGGACUGCUGCUACAGUUGUUCCUCCUCCCGCACCGCAAUCCGCACCUCCUCAACUUGAAGAGCAUCCUUCAGGAUGGAAGUCGCCAGACUCUGAUUGCAAAGGUAGCUUGUCCAAGCUAGAAACGGCAAAGAGUCCGGAAACGAGUUUAAAGUGUAUUGAUGAUCCAUCGUUCGCCUUUGACGCUGGCAAAGAGAGCUCAUUGACGGCCAAGGACUCUGAAAGUCACGAUCCAGCAUUGUCUCCGUCAGUACCUCAGAAGUCGCUAGCUACAGAUGUUUUUGAAAAAGCCCGAAAUCGAUUCGACAAUUUCUGGGGCAAGGGCAAAGAAGAAUCAUGCGAAAAGGAGGGUCAAGUCUAAAAUAAUAAAUACUGACGAAACCUUCCAGGCAUAUUUUACCGAUCCUCUAUUAAUGUUAUUAUUAAUAUUAUGUUAGACUCGUAAACGCCAGUGAUGGGAAAUUUAAUAACAGAAUAAUUCCUUAAGACACCUGUAAGCUUAAAAUGGGUCCGUACGUAUUCUGUUCUCUAGAAUUUUUAGAGAAAGUCAAGCUUCUAGAAGUAAAGAACUGUUGACACCAUCCAUUGUAUGAAAAGUAGCUACUAGUCGAAUAUUUUUGAAUGAUUACUGACUAUAAUAAAAUAAUAUCUACAUCGAAAACGGAUGUUCUCCAUUGUAAGAUCUAUGACUGAUGAUGCUGUUAGUAUGACUCAUCAAACGACUACUAAUUAACUCAUUAUUGUAUUUUAUUUGCUCGAUACUAAAUGUAUUGUCUGUUGUAGAUUUCCAACCGCUGUUCCUAAAUUUGAUAUGCUGUAUGUGUUAGUAAUAUUUAUUAUAUCAUAUCGGAAGUAACAAUAAUACUUUGAAUAUCCUCAUCAGCUAACUUCCACUACUGUUAUUGAUGAGUAUUCGCUGACUGGUUCAAUCAAGUAGCAAUAAUAACUACUACUCAUAUAUUAUGCUGUUGACACCAGUCAUAGUAUGAAUAAUAGAAAGCUAUUGCUAUUCCUAACAUCAUGCACUGUUGGAGAGGUCCGACUUUUCAAAGAAGUUGAGACGAAUUGAUGGUUAGAACUAAACAAAGUAACAACUUUGUAAGAUACAGCUCACCGUUGUAUCUACAUUUUCGGCAAGAUGAUUAUUUAACAAAUGUUAUCUGUUUUUAAAAUGGAUUGUUUAUUCCAUGUUGAAUUUAAUGUGAAUUCUAUUUGAGAUUAAGGUUUGAUGGAGUUUUGUAUUGCUUAUAAUGGAACGUUAUGAAAUUUACAACUAUAUGAAACGAAACUUCUGGAGUGAAUAACAAUACUUCAGUUAGGUGACAGAAAGAAUAAUUAUGAAUUACAUGCUUUUCGAUUCACGCUAAAUAAUCUUUAUUUCCCGAUUUUUUCCUACGCACAAAUCCUUGCUUUUUAAUGACGUAUUCACGUUUAAAAUAAAUUGUAUGUUGAUUAUAUUCAAUAGUUAUUGAUGACAGCAUAUGUUUUAUUAAUGUCAUUCAUUGCUAUAUAAUUUGAAAUCUAUGUGUUAUUUGAAACAAUGAUAAUAAUUAUUCUUCUAUCCGUCAAUAAACCUAGAUUUUCUCAACUAUACGUAUUUUUCAUCUAGAUAAAUAGUGUGUGGAAUUGAGCUCAUUUAAUAUUUUUGUAUUUUCAAAUCAACUUAUUCUUCAUAAUCAAAUUUGGUGACAUUUUAUGAUCAAUAUUUCAAGGUUUAUGAAGAUAUUCCUUCCUUGAUUGAAUAUUUAUUAGUUCUUUAUCGGUGAAUUGAGAUUUAGAAUUGAGAAUGGAUUGUAAGGUUACUACUAAUUAAAUUAUCAAUUUCAAUAGUUGAUUACACAGAUUUGUCAAGUACAGCCACUGGUGGAUUCAUGGAAGUGUAGGAUACAGCGAGCUGUUUAUGAAACUAAUAAAUACAAAUUUCAAACGUUCAAAUAAUAAUAAAGAUAACUUGUUUCAUCCCACAUAGUUUGAUGGAAAUAUAGCUGAAAAGUCCAUAAAGUUACUGUUUUGGGGAACUAACCUAGUUCCCUAUUGAGGAACCAACUAGGCAACUAAAAUUAUUACAGCAAAAGCUGAGAAAUUAUUUAUAACACAGAGUUAGAUGUUCUCAUAGUGUAAAUUGUUCGCUACAAGCCCAAUGUUCCUUUAUUUUUUAAAUAAUAAUUAAGAGUAUUUCACUAUCAAGAAACAAUAAUCACUUUGAACUUAACGCGUCAUAACUCACAUUACACAGUAAGAAUUAUUCAUUAGCUGUCAUAUAAUUAUGAUAAUCUAAUAAAUGAAGAAAUAAAAUUGUUAUCUCUUUCCUGUAUAGGGCUACUUGUUAUAUAAAUAUAAAGAAAAUAAAUUAUUUUCUUUAUAUUUAUAAAAUUUUUCUUUGAUUUGGCUCUGAGAGUGAACUAGUAGAGAUUUUAUGAACCCACUAUUUUAUUGACAUUGAAUCUCUUAUGCGAUCUAAAAAGAUAUUAAAAGAUCUAAAAUUGAUCAAUGUAUGAUUUUGUAAUUUUUACAGUUAAGAAAUGUUCAGCAGGAAAAUCACUGCUUUUAGUUAUUUGAUAUUGCUCUUCCCCAUUGUCUAAUGAAUCCGCCCUUGGUUGCAACUUAUUCCAACUUCAUUAGUUUAUCUAAAUUUCUAAAAUAUGUUUUUCGUUAAUAAUAUGUGCCAGAAGUUGUAAUAUAUUGAGUGGAAUCAAGCCAUAGAAUGGUUUUAUGACAGCAAUGAGAUAAUAUUACUUGAAUAGAAGAGAACUGAUUUUAUCUUAGAUUUUUAUAGCAAUGUUAAUGAGAAGACUGAAAUUAACUUGAAGUAUUUCAGGGCGCUCGGUUAAUGGGCUUUGAAACGCUCACUGAGACGAUUUCUAAAGACAAUUUGAAUUGAAACAGUAGUGGUUGUAAUAGAUUUAGAUUAUAAUAAGUUGUAGUGGCCUACACCAGUAAACUUUCAUGAUAUGCUACCUGUUUCAAUUAGUUUAUACAAUAAAGAUAAAGUCUUUUUCUGUUUUCAAUAAAUGUAAUACAAAUUUUGUAUUUAUAUUGAGUGAACUGGAGAAGCAUGAGUUUGGAAGUGAAGAGAGUUUUGCCUUUUGAAAGUAGUAUGAAUGAGAAUUUUUCUCAGUAUAUUAAUAUAGCUAUUGGAUUUAAUUCAAGCUAUUUUGCUGUAGGUGUGAAGAUAUUCUAGACUAUCUUAACCCCUUGUGGAGUUUUUCAGAAUCUCGAUCUCAAAUUUUGGCUGUAGUAAGCUUCCUACAUUUGUUUCAAGUUAUCUGUGAAUUUCUCGGCUGUAAACACUAAUAUGUAAUACCAAAGAUCAGUCCAAAGCGUUUGUCUGAAGGCUCUUUUGUCUUCAAACUACAGUAGUUUCAAAUUAAAUCAUUUAUUAAAUUAAUGGCUGGGAUUUUAUGUGUUAUGAUUCCAAUGAUUAGAUUAUAGAUUCAUUGAUUAUGGUGAGGAGAAAGCUCCUUCUUAUUUGAAUUGAGAAUAAAUGUUUCUCAUAGUUUUUCUCAAUCUUUAUUCAUAGAAAUUUAUAACUUGAUUUUCAAAGUCAAUGUUGAUAGUUGACAGUGUAGUGUUUGUGUAUGAUCUAUAAAGAUACAACCUUAAUCUAAUUUAACUGUGAUGAAUGUGAAAAUUGCAUGGUACGGAGAAAGAAAAGAAGUCUUUAACUAUGAAAAGCUGUGAUUCAAGCUAUUUAUUUUUCUUAUGAUGAAAUUUAUAUCUAUAAAUUGUUUAUAUCAAACAUGUUGGAAGAUUAUGUAAGACAUGGUCGAGAAGAUAUUCUCAUUAUAUGUAUUUAUUAUGAUUAUCUGUUGUUAUUAUUAUUGUGCUUUAAUCUGAUAUUGAUUAAUAUAUUUAUGUUUCCACAUUGUAAAUAAAAUUUAUCAACUGAAUGAGAUAGUCUCAUCAGAUUUCAACUAAUAGUUUUGGUCUGAUGAUGCAGUUGUCAAGUUAUGGCAUUUUGAUAUGGAUUUGAAUAAGGAGCUUAGUAGAAUUAAGUAAAAAACGAAUAUAAUACACACACACCAUGUUGUGAAUCUUUCACAAAACUCUUGAUGUCACCCCACAUCGUAAUAUUAUAGAUGGUACAAGGAAUUUCAACAGAAAUCUUAGCUGCCUUCCUCUAUGGUAGAAAAAUUUAUAUUAAGAAUAUUUAAAAAAAAAAUAAUAUUAUCAGCAAUACUCUAUGCUUUUUAUAGGCAUUUUUUUUUGGGAAAAGUACAUGUUUUAAAGCUGAUGAGUUGCAGUUUCAGUAUUUUCCAGCUUUCUAUUUAUGUAUUGGUCUUUAAUUUAAAAUAGUUAGCUUUAAAUGUUUAGUAUUCUUCUACAUUUUACGCACACUCACAUCCUCUGUUGAAAAUCAUUAUAAAUGUGAAUCAAUAACCAUUUUCCUUUAGGAUGCUUGUGCUGUUUGUAAUUAAUUAUUGUAAUUAUAAAAAUAUAAAUUAAAUUAUUAGGAUAACCACUCGUUGAAAAAUAUUUUAGAUUAUAUGUGUGUCUGAUGCAUAUGAUUGUUAUAACUAUAACCAUGUUAGGAAGAAACUAAUUUAUAUUCAAUCAUACCGAAUUGUGAUCAUUUUAGGCUUUCAUUCUUCCUAUUAUUUUGAAAAAUAUGUUAAUUAGUUAUCAAUUUUAUGCUGAGAUUGGGUUUUCACACAUUUAAAAAUUAGUAGGAUAUUAUAAGUUUUAAAUAAUAUUACUUUUCUAAUAUUGUGAAACAGAUGUAUAAUCCGAAGUGAUUCAAUCAAUUGAUGAAUGAUUUAGAGAAAUUGCUAGAGUAAUGGAACACAAGAAUGUAGGCCUAAUUGGUCGAACGUUGCGUUCAUUUCAUUACAUAUGUAGAUGCUGGAUCAACAAAGAUUUUCAACAUCCUUUAAAUCUACUGUUAGUCUGAAUGUUUAUCUUCCUAACUGUCCAUUAUUUUGUAAUUGGAUGAUGGAAUUUUUUUCACUGUAAUGAUGAAAGGUUGAUUCAUCAAUAAUUAUCAUAAUUAAGCUCCUGAUCUAAAUUCUGAUCUCUCAGAACACCUUAAACAACUGUAAUUCACACUAUACAAUUGAGCUAACUUGAAAACUCUCAAAAUUCGAUGUUAACUCAUUAAUUGAGAACUGAGCUAUCUCACAUGAGAAACAAUACAAAGAUUUCUAACAGGUUCGGAUUGAGAUGCUGAGGUUCAUUAUCAGGUGGAUAUUUCACUGUGUUUUUGAGCGAAUCUUCAGUUCAACAAUAGUUGUUUCGUGCGACUAAUGACAUUCUGUAAGAUACAUUAUUUUUAAAGGAUGCGUAAGUAAGCAUUUUAAUAAGAACGAACUCUGUCAAGUUGUGGCAAUAAACAUCAUAUAUUAAUUUUCAAUACUUGAUAUGCCUUUGUAAAAACAGCUCAAUAUUCAUCUUCCUGCCCCCAUGAAUUGCCAGUUCUAUUGGAAGCUGAAGGUGAAUCCAGUUUCUCAUUUUACAACAAAAUAGGACUGAAAUUUACAUUGUAUAACUUUUCAAAAGUUAACUUUAUAGUGACUAAAGAGGCUUACAACUUUUCUUCUAUGGAGAAUUGUUGGAAAUAAGAGACAUCCGAAAAUUAAUAAAAUCUUCACUUUGUUCCAGUCCUUGAGUAAUGCUUUGUGUCUAAGGAAAAUUUAUUAUAUGACGUAAUAAAUUUGUGAUUGAAUUCAUUCCAAUAGAAUACAAAGUAAAUAUGUCCAAAAUAGAGGAUAAUAUUGAAUAUUUUUCUAUACCUAACUUUUGAACCUGGUUUAAAUUUGUUAUUAGAGUUUGAUUGCAUAAUGAGCUUACUGCUCACAUUAUUAUAAAUAAUAAGAAUUUUUCAUUUGUUGGAUGAAGUAAAAGAUCUCAGUAUGGUAUGGCAUUGCUGGAUAUGGAUAAACAGUAACAAAAAUUUUGAUACAAUCACAAAAGUAGAAUGAUUAAUAUUAUAUUCCAAGUGACAUAACAUUGAAUUUAUUUUUCCCAAUUAUAAAAUUCAUCACACAGUGUAAUUCUGCAAAUGUUUCUUGGAUUUCAGAAUGUCAAAAUUUUGUAUCAUUAAAAAUAAUCAUGACAUUGAA